UCUAAAGGAAAACAUUUGCACACAUUCGUACGCACAUGCCUAGAAAUAUAAGACCUCGCAGUGGAGAAUCCUGCAGUGGAAGGAAUGAACCACAACAGGAGAAUAAACGACGAAAAUGUGAUCGUACCAUAAUCGAGCCCAGCGAAAGUGUUCUCUGGCCAGAGACAGAGGAUAGCUUUUUUACGGAUGCUAAAUUGGACAAACUGUUAUCAGGGCCGGCCGCACCAGUUGGCAAUAAAAAUAACACUUUCUACAACAGUUCCGAUGAUAGUCUAUUCAGUGAUAUUGUUUUGCCAUUUGAAAGUGAAACAGGAAAUGUGGGCGCAACACCAAUUGUUCCCAUUUUACCAACUUCGAAUAAUGGUAUAUUGGGUGAUGACACCCUCUUUUCGGAAAUCAAUAUCGAACAAUUGGUGGCUGAAGAAAGUGGUAAAAAGGGUGAAGAUAAAUUUGUUUCAUCUUCAGUGGCACCAGAAGUGGAUUUAUUUAAAGAUGACGACUUCCCCUUGGAUGAAUUGUUGGUUCAGUGUACACAAAAAUUCUUAGCUGAUGUGGCAUUUAAAAUGCCCAAGCCACCUGGUGCUAAGGCAACUUCGGCAAUAACUAAGAAAGAGGAGGCUACCGUGGAUUGUGCUAUAAUGGGUGGUACACAGUAUCAAACGCGAGAAGAGAUUCAUAAUCGAACUAUGCAGGUUUUGCAUCAAACUCACAUAAUGAAAGAAAUCGAAAAUGUGUCGCGUAUCGAUUGGGAGUCUCAAAUCUUUGAAGCUGAAAUGGUGGAGGAUUAUCCUUGCAAAGGAGAUUUCUAUGGCUUGCCUGAUAAAGUGAAACGCAUGAUUUUUGAAACCAAGGGCAUUAAUAGCUUGUAUGAGUGGCAAAAUGAGUGCCUAAACCUUCCUGCCAUACGUCAGCGUAAAAAUCUCAUAUAUGCUUUGCCCACCAGUGGAGGCAAGACUUUGGUGGCUGAAAUUUUAAUGCUACGCGAGGUGAUAUGUCGAGAAAAGAAUGUCUUGUUUAUACUGCCCUAUGUAUCUAUAGUUCAGGAAAAGGUUAGUGCUAUGUCUCCGUUUGCUAUCAAUUUGGAUUUUAUAGUUGAAGAGUACACUGCAGGCAAGGGCAGGUGUCCACCGGUUGCCCGAAGAAAACGUAAAAGUAUUUUCAUAGCCUCCAUAGAAAAGGGUAGUGUACUAUUCGAUAGUCUCAUUGAGGCGCAAAGAGCAAAUGAAAUUGGCCUAGUGGUGGUGGAUGAGCUGCAUUUGAUUGGCGAAAGGGGAAGAGGAGCUACAUUGGAGGCAUUUCUAACAAAAAUUAUGUACUUAAAUGCAAAAAUCCAAAUAGUCGGCAUGAGUGCCACCAUAGGCAAUCUUUCAGAAAUCUCACAAUUCCUGAAGGCCGAUGUAUAUACGCGUGGCUUUCGCCCAGUCGAAUUGAAGGAGUACAUAAAAUGUGGCAAAGAUAUUUUACAAAUAAAUUUGGAAGGCAAAUCGUUGGAGGAGAUUUUUGUGUAUAACCGCAGCGUCAACUUCAAUUAUAGUGAAGCAGUGCUUCGUUCAGAUCCUGAUCACUUGGCUGGUUUGGUUACAGAAUGUGCUCCCAAAAAUGGUUGUCUUAUAUUCUGCUCCAGCCGCAAGAAUUGCGAAAAUGUGGCUAUACUAUUGAGUCGAGUACUACCAAAAUCGAAAUUUUUGGAAUAUCGCAAGAGUGAAAAAGCCGAUUUGAUGGAUGCUUUGGAUAAAAUUUGUGGCAUACUAAGUCCUGCUUUGGCCAAAACCAUACCUUAUGGCAUAGCCUAUCAUCAUUCCGGUCUGACAACAGAUGAAAGAAAAUUCAUUGAAGCGGCCUAUCGUUUUGGGGUGCUCAGUGUGAUUUGUUGCACUUCAACAUUGGCGGCGGGUGUGAAUUUGCCCGCCAAAAGAGUUAUUAUAAGAGCGCCGUAUGUGGGGCAGGAAUUCAUGACUCUAUGCAAAUAUAAGCAAAUGGUGGGUCGAGCUGGAAGAGCGGGUAUGGGGGAGGCAGGGGAAAGUAUUUUGAUAAGCUCUAGUCGUGAUAAUGUGCGGGUGGGUGAAAUGUUAUUUUCGCCCAUGGAUAAGGCCAUCAGUUCUUUGGACGAUCAGGGCAGAGUUGGUCUACAGUCUCUCAUUUUAAGUGCAAUUGGUAUGGGCCUGGCUUCAUGUCGUGCUGAUUUACAUCGCUUGGUGCAGGGCACCCUAUUAGCGGUGCAGGCCACUCAGCUGCAAGGUGUCUCUGUUACCACUAUGGUUAAGGAAAUACUCUGUGAGAUGUUUAAAAACAAAGUUCUACAAUUGGCCAAUAAUGCUGCCAAAAAAGAUGUAUCCCACAUUCUUAUAACCCAAGAUCUGCAAAACAAAAGCAGCAGCAUUAUGCCUGAUCGCACCAUAAAACUCCACAAUACCACCUGCUUCCAGUUGACCACCAUUGGCAAAGCGGCAUUCAAAGCCGGCAUUGAUUAUAAACGAGCCUAUGCCAUACACAAUGAAUUGGCCAAUGCCCAAAAACAACUUAUACUCACCAAUUAUGCUCACAUUCUUUACUUGGUAGUCUCCUUCAAUUCCAAUGCCAUAGGCGAUGAACUCUUUCCAGCUGAUCCCAGUAUUUUAUUCAACUCCUAUGAGAAACUGGACGAAUCUACGCAACGUUUGUUCAAACAAUUGGGAUUUACCGAAGCGCAUGCUGCAAAAAUGGCCAAAACUAUGUCCAUACAAGGUGCCAUGGAAUUGAAAUUGAAUCGCUUGUAUAAGGUGUUGAUUUUGAUGGAUUUGUUGCAUCUGAUGCCCAUUCCCGAGGUGGCAGCAAAAUAUAACAUAGAACGUGGUAUGCUGCAGAAUCUAACAAGUCAAGCCACCGCCGCUGCCAGCGCAAUAGUUCGUUUGUGUGAACAGGUGGAGGAAUUUUGGUGUUUCAAACCAUUGUUUGAGCGAAUUAGCAAGAAAAUGGAUCGUUGUGGGACGGCAGAGUUGGAGCCACUUUUAGAAUUGCCCGCGGUGAAAAUGAAUCGAGCCAGGCAACUGUACACAGCUGGUUAUAAAACCAUUGAGGACAUAGCCAAAUGUCGGCCUAUGGAUUUGGUCAAGGCGAUAGAACACAUGCCUUUGCGCAUAGCCAAGGAGAUUAUAUCAGCAGCUAAGAUAAUACUGAUGAAAAAACUCGAUCAUUUGGAGGAAGAAACUGAAGCUCUCAAAGUUUGUCUUAAGCCCCAAGAUGAUUACCAAAGUGAAAAUGUUGCAUAGAUGCUUAAAUAUAAUUUUAGAUUUUCACCUAUAGGUACUUACCGUUUGUAUAUUAAA